AUGACAGAAUUGGAGGAGAAAUCGCUUCUUCAAUAUAUAUUGGAUAUGGAUGAAAGAGGGUUUAGUCCUCGAAUAAGUGAUGUGGAAGAUAUGGCGAAUUAUAUACUCGAAACGCGGGGUGCGAAGAAGGUUGGAAAGCUCUGGGCUCAUCGUUUUGUGAAACGACAUACAGAAUUAAAGACGCGUUUUAAUCGCGUUUAUGACUUUCAAAGAGCUCUCUGCGAAGAUUCAGAGCUUAUUGAAAGAUGGUUUCGAUUGGUAUCGAAUAUGCGGGCCAAAUAUGGUAUUCUGGACUGCGAUUUCUACAACUUCGAUGAGACAGGCUUUAUGAUGGGACAAAUAUCACCACAUAUAGUAGUUACUAAAGCUGAUCGAUGUGGAAAAAGCAAAGCUAUACAACCAGGCAAUCGAGAAUGGGCUACAGCGAUUAUUUGUGUUGAUGGAGAAGGUCACAAUAUACCUCCGUUUUUGAUAGUAAAAGGCGAAUACCAUCUUUCAAAUUGGUAUACCGAGGGUGAUUUACUAUACGAUUGGCUUAUUAAACUUACUAUCAAUGGAUGGACAGAUAAUGAGAUAGGUCUUGAAUGGAUUAAGCACUUCAACAAACAUACUGAAACUGCUGAGGUUCAUAGUCUCCGCAAAGCAAAUGAAGCACUUAUAUUGUUGUAA